AUGCCUCUGGCCAAGGAUCUCGUAUCCCUUCUAUCCCGCAUCCACGAAUCCAAGAAACAGCAUGAACAGCGAUUAUAUGCGCAGAAACUAACGGAGGAGGGACAUAGGUUGGAGUCUGUAAUCCGCAAUGCCCUCGCCGAGAACAAUCACGACCGAAUCGCCAAGAUCGUACACCAAUUGUGCCAUGAUUAUGCCUACGCGGUACACCAACCGCAUGCGAGGAAUGGAGGGCUCAUCGGGCUUGCUGCUGCCGCUAUAGCACUCGGAUCAGAAGUUGCCCGUUACCUGAAAGAGAUAGUACCACCAGUCCUCGCCUGCUUCUCCGACCAGGAUGCAAGAGUACGAUACUAUGCGUGUGAAAGCAUGUACAAUAUUGCCAAGGUUGCAAAGGGCGAGAUCCUGGUCUACUUCAAUGAUGUCUUCGAUGCUUUGUGCAAGUUAGCAGCAGACACCGAGUUGUCGGUCAAGAACGGAGCUGAACUGCUGGAUCGCCUAGUCAAGGAUAUUGUGUCUGAGUCAGCUGCAACAUAUGCCAGUAUAUUGUUGCCAGAGACUGCGGUAAUAGACUUGGAAGAUAACCCACCAGAGCGGAGUCCGGAAGAGCGCACAGCUUUCAGUCUACAUGACUUCAUCCCACUUUUACAAGAACGAAUACAUGUGCUAAACCCGUUCACGAGAACAUUCCUGGUCUCUUGGAUCACACUACUAGAUUCGGUACCAGAUCUGGAGCUGGUUGCGUACCUACCUAGCUUUCUAGCAGGCCUGCUCAAAUUCCUGAGCGACCCUAACCAGGAUGUCCACACAACCACUAAGGUUGCUUUGGAUCGCUUUUUGACAGAGAUCAAGAAGAUUGCAGCAGUCAAAAAGGGCAUUGCGGAGAGUAGGAAGAGUCGAGAUGACAAAGAGCGCAUCCCUAGUGGAUCGAGUGAUGCUGUUGCCAUAACCAGCACCGAGCCGGAGUCAGUGGAGGCAGCUGGUGUGGAGCCAGAAACAGCAGGUACGGAUACGAAGCAGCCGCCGCAGACUCCACAGACUCCGCAGAAUGGUGGCGUGGACUCGCCGGCUGCUGAUGGCGCCUCAACACUGACUGCGUCCGAUGGCGAGAAGGAUGGUUUAGAUGACUUGGAGGACGAAUGGAUCCCAGGCCAGGACGUACAGAUCGACUACCAACAGAUACUGGACAUUGUAGUCACCUACCUAUCUGAGUCUAGCGAAGAGGAAGUGCAAGUCACAGCUUUGAAAUGGAUCGAAACAUUCCUCGAUAUCUGUCCGGAGGACAUCCUUCUCUUCACACCAAGACUGCUCGCCCACCUCCUGCCGGCUCUCAGUCACGAUGUAGAUCAUGUCAAGCAAGCGGCGAAUAGGGUCAACCAGGCCUUGAUGGCAUACAUCAUGUCGUUGCCAGAAGACCCAGCGAAGCCGCCAAUCAACCCAGAAGUUGCGCAGAUCGCCACACAGGUCCCACCAAAUCCGCAACCUGCUCCAGGAUCCGCUCCAACCAUUCCGACGAUCAAGCGCCUUACACAGACUAAUGGUGAUUCUCGCCGCGACAGUGCACCUAGCCUGAAACAACAACAGCAACAAGGGAAAGAACCUGCAAGUCCCGAACCCACCGAGACCUCCCGUCUCAACCAAGUCCACACCCCAGAAUCACAACCGGACGCUACCACAGCACCCGAACCAAAUGGCAACGACAAACCUCAUACUGACCUCGACUACGAAGCCGCCGUCAACGCUCUGACCCUACAAUUUCUCCAUGAACAUGAAGCCACUCGCGUUGCCGCCCUGGCCUGGCUGAUAAUGCUCCACCGUAAAUCUCCUCGCAAGAUCCUCGCAAUCCAAGACGCCACAUUCCCAGCUCUGCUUAAGACUUUGAGCGAUCCCGCUGAAGCGGUCGUGACCCGAGAUUUGCUGCUGCUGAGCCAGAUAAGCAAGAGUAGCGAUGACAGCUACUUUACCUCAUUCAUGGUGAAUCUGCUCAAACUUUUCACGACAGAUCGAAACUUGCUGGAGACGCGAGGCAACUUGAUCAUUCGACAGCUUUGUCUCUCGCUGCUGCCAGAAAAGAUCUACCGGACUAUGGCCGAUUGCCUUGAGCGCGACGGCGACGAAGACGUCGAGUUCGCCUCCAUCAUGGUACAGAAUCUGAACAACAAUCUCCUCACUGCCCCCGAGCUCCAGGAAUUGAGAAAGCGACUUAGGAAUCUUGACUCCAAAGAUGGCCAGACCUUCUUCACGGUCCUCUUCAAAGCCUGGUGCGUCAAUGCCGUCGCGACAUUCUCCCUCUGUCUCCUGGCGCAGGCGUACGAACAAGCCUACAACCUCCUCCAGAUCUUCGCCGAGCUGGAAAUGACAGUCACGAUGCUUAUCCAGAUCGAUAAAUUGGUCCAACUACUUGAGAGUCCAGUCUUCACAUACCUGCGCAUGCAACUUCUUGAGCCGGAGAGAUUCCCACAUCUGUAUAAAUGUCUCUAUGGCCUUCUCAUGCUUCUCCCGCAGUCUUCUGCUUUCGCGGCUCUGAAGAAUCGGUUGGGGAGCGUUAGUGCGAUUGGAUAUUUGGGCUUUGGGAUUGCCGGGCGUGGAGGUGUGGGCAGUCAGCCUAACACGCCGAGCAGUGUCAGUACAUUUGAGAGGCAGAAUCGGCUGAGGAGUAAAGAGGGUCUUGGGGCGGGAGAAGGUGGGAUUCGGUGGGCAGAGCUACUGGAUAAGUUCAGAAAUACGCAGGAACGCGUGAGGAGGGCGCAGAUGAGGCAGCUUACGGGACAGCAUGACGGUUUGGAUGAGAGGAGCUCGUCGCCCGAACUGGGGAGGAAGCCGCUGACGCUUAUUCCGCCGGGUAGUGGUGCUAUGAGGCCGGGUAGUGCGCAGAGUUUCGGCAGGCCUGGACCGCAGGCUGUUGGUGCUGGAGCGGUUGGCACUGCUGGGCAUGCUAAGGGUAAGAGUUCGCUCAACCUUGGACGGGUCGCGGGAGGCUUUGGCGCGCGGAAGGGGAAGGCGAAGUAG